AUGGGUCGUCAUCCAAUACCCUUAAAGCUCGUGUCACUUCUCUGUGUCUUCAUCACUUCUUUCAGUUCCUACGCCGUUUUUGGUAACGAUUUGGACAAAUCGGCACUGCUGGAGUUCAAGAGCUCCGUUUCCGACCCGUCGGGAGUGCUGGCAAGCUGGAGAGAAAGCAAUUCGGAUAUCUGUUCGUGGGUCGGAGUCUCAUGCGGGUCGGAUUAUCGGGUUGUAGCUCUUAAUAUCACCGGUGGAGGUAAUUCAGGCUCUUUCACUUGUACUGAAUAUGAUCAAUUUCAACUGUAUGGAUUUGGAAUCAGGAAAAUCUGUGUGGAUCGUAAUGCGAAAUUGAUGGGUAAGUUGUCAAAUGCUAUCUCACAGCUUUCAGAACUUCGAAUCUUAUCGCUCCCGUUCAAUGAUUUAAGUGGUGAAAUUCCUGAUGAAAUUUGGGGUAUGAAGAAGCUGGAAGUGAUUGAUCUCGAAGGGAACAUGCUCAGUUGGAAUUUAAACUCCAAUUUCAGAGAUUUGGAAAACCUUAGGGUUCUUAACCUCGGGUUUAAUCAGAUAUCUGGAAAAAUACCCAAUUCGUUAUCCAAUUUGAAGAAUCUCCAGCUUUCAGGCAAAAUCCCAAGUGAAAUCGGGUAUAAUUGUGGUAAUCUUGAGCAUCUAGAACUCGCAGCAAACUUCUUACUUGGAGCAAUUCCUUCAAGUUUAUCAAAUUGCACCAAAUUGCGAUCAGUUCUGUUGUAUUCAAAUAUGCUUCAAGAAGAAAUCCCAAUCGAAUUUGGUCAGUUUAAAUCCCUACAAAUAUUCGAUGUUUCAAGAAAUAGUCUUAGCGGCCCAAUUCCAUCACAACUCGGGAAUUGCAAAAACCUCUCGAUUCUCGUGCUCUCAAACCUCUUCACUCCCAUCCCUAAUUCCGCUCAAUCCGAAGAAGAGUAUAAUUACUUUCAGGGUCCACUACCUUCCGAAAUUACUAUUUUACCCAAGCUAAAGCUCCUAUGGGCACCAAGAACAACUUUAGAAGGCAAAUUUCCGACCAAUUGGGGUGCUUGUACAACCUUACAAAUGGUAAAUUUGGGUCAAAAUUUCUUCACAGGUGAAAUCUCAAACGGGCUUAAUCUCUGUAAAAAGUUACAUUUUCUUGAUUUGAGUUCAAACAAGUUAACAGGACAACUUAGCAAUAAACUCCCGGUUCCUUGUAUGACUCUUUUCGAUGUCAGCAACAAUCGUCUCUCAGGGGCAAUUCCGUCUUUUCGCCACACCGUCUGUGAACCCCUCGACCCAUCAUCAACAUACAUACAAUUCUUCACAUCUCAAGCUCCAAACGAUGGUGGAAAUCGUGCAAUAAUUCAUAAUUUCAGCAGGAAUAAUUUCACAGGAUCGUUAAUUUCGAUUCCGGUUACAUCAAAACCGGAAAAAAACUCGGUUUAUUCGUUUCUCGCCGGAGAGAACAACCUCACCGGAGUUUUGUUCGAUAAAUGUCCCGAUUUCAAAGAAAUUGUUGUGAAUCUCAGCUCGAACAGGUUUUCCAGCGAGAUUCCGGCGAAUAUUGGCCGGAAUUGCAGAUCUUUGCGGGUUUUCGAUGUCUCCGGGAACCGUUUAUCUGGGAUCAUUCCUUCUUCUUUCAGUGAAUUAGAUUCUUUAAUUUCACUCAAUUUGAGCUACAACAUGUUACAUGGAGUAAUCCCUGAUAAUUUUGGAGAAAUUAAGGUUCUCAGGAAUCUCUCAUUAUCAAACAACAAUCUUUCCGGUUCGAUUCCUCAAAGUUUGGGAAGUUUAAAUUCUUUACAAGUUCUAGAACUUUCCUCAAAUUCCUUAUCUGGAAAGAUUCCAGAAGAUCUUGUAAAUCUGAGAAAUCUAACUAUUCUUCUUCUCAACAACAACAAACUUUCCGGCGAGAUUCCGGUGGGUUUCACAAAGAUGAUCAAAUUCAACAUCUCCGGCAACAAUAUCUCCGGCCCUUUGCCGGAAAACUUAAUGUCAAGCACAAGCACAGAACAACAACCACCACCGGAACCCGGAAGAUCCACCAGUGGCGAUUUCGUAAAUUACUCCAAUUCACCAACUCCAUCCACAAAAUCCAACAACCAAAACUUCAGUUCCAUCGAGAUCGCCUUAAUCACAUCAGCUUCCGCCAUUUUUUCCGUCCUUUUAGCUCUCAUGGUUCUCUUCUUUUACACCAAAUGGCGACCCAAAUCCAUAACCCACGGGUCGACCCGUAAAGAAGUCACCCUUUUUACGGAUCUUGGUGUCCCAUUGACUUUCGAGAGUGUCAUUCAAGCCACCGGAAACUUCAAUGUCAGCAACUGUAUCGGAAACGGUGGGUUCGGGGCCACGUUUAAAGCCGAAAUCGCCCCCGGGUUUCCGGUGGCGGUGAAACAGCUGGCGGUAGGGCGGUUUCAGGGAGUACAACAAUUCGAGGCGGAAAUCAAAACAUUAGGGCGGCUCCGCCACCCGAAUCUUGUAACCCUAAUCGGAUACCACGCGAGUGAAACCGAAAUGUUCCUUAUCUACAACUACUUGCCAGGUGGCAAUUUGGAAAGAUUCAUCCAAGAACGGUCAACACGAGCGGUUGACUGGCGGGUCCUACACAAAAUCGCGUUGGAUGUAGCGCGGGCCCUACACUACCUCCAUGACCAAUGUGUCCCUAGAGUCCUUCAUCGUGAUGUGAAACCGAGUAACAUUUUGUUAGAUGAUGAUUUCAAUGCGUAUUUAUCGGAUUUUGGUUUGGCUCGGCUUUUGGGGACGUCGGAGACUCACGCCACCACCGGAGUCGCCGGAACUUUCGGUUACGUGGCACCGGAAUACGCAAUGACGUGUCGGGUAUCGGAUAAAGCGGAUGUGUAUAGCUACGGUGUGGUGCUUUUGGAGCUUUUGUCUGAUAAAAAAGCGUUGGAUCCUUCGUUUUCAUGUUAUGGUAACGGGUUUAAUAUUGUCGGGUGGGCAUGUAUGUUGCUAGGGCAAGGACACGCGAAGGAGUUUUUUACCGCGGGGUUAUGGGAUUCGGGGCCGCAUGAUGAUUUGGUAGAGGUUCUGCAUCUUGCAGUUGUUUGCACGGUGGAGUCGCUGUCUAGAAGACCCACCAUGAAACAAGUGGUACGGCGGUUGAAACAACUUCAACCGCCGUCGUGUUAG